GGAAGUCACGCUGGGAAUAGGCAGUGGAAAAUGAGGGGAAUGUUUGUCUGCACCGACUGCACGCACACCUCGGCUGCUCGGCAUGGUAGCCUAUAUAGAUGGAGCGAGAAAGUCAACAGGGGAGAAAAGGGAGAUACACAUUUAAAGAGUAGUCUGAUGUUAAUAGGUUGUUUGUGAAGCCGUGUCUCUCUCCGUCCUCACUCUGUGGAUUUCUCCACAUCCUGCUGUGUGCUUGACUGAGGGCUUCUCUGUGAUAUUUACCUCAGUGCCUCUUCGCCACGCACAGCAAGGGCAUCACACAUGGUUAGGGAAGACAAUUUGUUCCUCCGUUUGUUCAGAGAAUAACAAAUUAAAUCAGAAGGACUCCCGAGGCGGUACAAUGGUUUGACAUUUUACAAAGAAUAUAGCCUUCUUUUUUGCAACGUGGGCGCAUGGGAGACUGAUAUGCCAAGCAGAAAGCCAGGGGCACUUCAAGAGGAUGAAGACUUGAAAUAUGAGUGGAAUGGACCUUCUUUUAUGAAAUAUCAUCUAAACGACAAAUAAUUUACAUUUUCUCACCAGGGAAUAGGUGGGACUGCCGCGUGUCCGAUCAGCUUUUGCUGGCACAUGGAUUGAUGACUUUUGUGCGAAGAUAAACAAAGCGUAGAGUCGAUGUAACUUCAUAUAGGUUACAUGUGAUCGCAUCAUAACAUCUAGUCACUCAUAUCGCCUUUAAUUAGCAGACUCGACGGAGGAACUCGGGAAGGCAUCCAGGUGCGCUCCAUGUUUGGUUUAGGACACACCGGUACCUGCGCUACCUGCGGGACGUAAGGCACAGUUAGGACUUGAAAGCAGCGUUGGUCUGUGGGCCAGUGAUGCCGGACACAUUCACACACAUAAAGAACCGGACAGAGUCACGGCUGGGGCAGCUAGAGCGCACACUGGCCACGGAGGGGAGCGCCCGCCCCGCCUGGGUCAUAGCAAUCCUGGCCAGCGUUUUGAUCUUCACCACGGUGGUGGACGUGCUGGGGAAUCUGCUGGUGAUCAUCUCGGUGUUCAGGAACCGCAAACUGAGGAACUCAGGUAAUGUGUUUGUGGUGAGUUUGGCCUUUGCUGACCUCGUGGUAGCCUUCUACCCAUACCCCUUGGUUCUCUAUGCUCUCUUCCAUGACGGAUGGGCACUGGGAAACACACAAUGCAUGGUCAGCGGUUUUCUUAUGGGGCUGAGUGUCAUUGGUUCCAUUUUCAACAUCACUGGGAUUGCAGUGAACAGAUAUUGCUACAUCUGUCACUCAUUCUCCUAUAGUCGUCUGUACAGCUAUCGCAACACUCUGCUGUUUGUUGCCUUAAUUUGGGUGCUCACAGUAUUGGCCAUUAUCCCCAAUUUCUUCGUUGGCUCCCUGCGCUAUGACCCGCGGGUCUACUCCUGCACCUUCGCCCAGAAUGUCAGCAGUUCCUACACAGUGGCAGUAGUGGUGGUUCACUUCUUGGUUCCCAUUGCAGUGGUUACCUUCUGUUAUCUACGCAUCUGGGUACUUGUGAUUCAGGUGCGACGUAAGGUGAAGACAGAGGAAAGCCUUCGCCUCAGACCAAGUGACUUGCGGAAUUUCAUCACCAUGUUUGUGGUCUUUGUGCUGUUUGCCAUCUGCUGGGCUCCACUUAACCUGAUUGGCUUGGCCGUGGCCAUAGAUCCGUCCCGUGUGGCUCACCGUAUCCCUGAGUGGCUUUUUGUGGUCAGCUACUUCAUGGCCUACUUCAAUAGCUGUCUGAAUGCCAUCAUUUAUGGCUUACUCAACAGGAAUUUCAGGAACGAGUACAAACGCAUUGUCACUUCCGUCUGGGUGACUCGGCUUUUUGUGACAGAGACUUCCCGAGCUGCCACGGACGCCAGGAGCAUGAGGAGCAAGCAAUCGCCGCCUCCGCCACUCAACAACAACGAUUCAGUCAGAGAUCGCACAAACAAAGAAUGAAAUCUUAAAUCCUUGAGCCUGUUAAUUCCUGUUUUUAUGUGGCAUCCAGUCAGUUGUGCAGCUGAAGAGUAUCAAGUAAUGGAUGAAGCUGGAAUAUAUGGCUUGGUUUUCUGUUCGCUGACAUCGAACAGAACAGGGCGCAGAUGUUUACAUCUGUGGAGAAGUUUUUUUAAAGUUGAGAAUAAUUAUAUAAUAAAUAUAAGUUCUUGAAAGUUUAUCAUUUGGGGGAUUAAUUUAACAACUUUGCUAUUGUGCUAAAUAAGGCCAAGUUUCCUCUGUGAUUAUCAACCACCAAGCAUUAACAGAGCAAACAUUUAAAAGAUGAGUUAUGUCCUGGGAGAGCCAUGCAUUGCAGUUUCACUUUGCUUGUACUCUUUCAUAAACAUUUCAUAAAAAAUGUAAUAUCCUUUAAUAUCUACUGCUGUAGAGUCUUUGACAUAUUUCACAAAACUGGUUUAAAAGCCUCAAAUAGUACAACUCGCCUCACCUGAAUGCCAGAUGAGGAGAUGAUGUCAGUCUGUCUGUAACGUCUAAGAUCAGUUUGUGGGGUUUGACGUGGUGACAGUAAUGUGGCAGUAGCAUGAUACUUCACGCUGCCUGGUCUGACCUUGCACUGCAAAGAACGACAAACAAAAACUUAGUAAUGAACAUAAUACACAAAUUCAGGAAAUUAACUCAAAGCAAUUAUUGCACAAACCUAUCACCACACUAUGUAAAAAGUGCCAAUUAACAUGUUUGUUUUGGUUUUUUAAAAGUUCAAAAACAAAUAGUGUAUGUGAUGUAGCAGGUGGAGGACACCUACUGUACAUAUCUACAAAAGUUGCUGUAUCCAUCGUUCUACAUAUCACCUUACUACUACUAUUACUUCUCAGCUGCUGUGGUUUGACCAUUAUGUUAUUGCAAAACCAAAUUGCAGGAUAGGUCACUAUAGACUCACUCACAUUAUCUUUUGAAUCCAAAAUGUUUCUAACUAUGAGCAAAAACAAUCUAAGAAAAACAUAAGCAGCCUAUUUCCUGGAGGGCUAAAUAUUAAUUUGAUAUUGAAAAAUUUGUUUUCAAUUGAAUAAUGUUGACUAGUUUUCAAAUUUUCUGCUACACGAGUGCAUUUACUAAAGUUUAAUUAACUAUCAAUUUACCAUUUAUUAAUAAUGGUUAUUAUGAAGUUUAACAAAACAAUCUCAACAUACAGUAUACUGUACGACUCUUAACGUAAAUAUACCAUAUAUAGCUUCUAGGAUUACAAUUAUUGUUUAUUUCAUAUUAAUGUUCAAUAUGUUUGUUUAUAUAUGCACCAACCACUAAGGCAAAUUCUUUGUAAGUGUUCUCCAGGCCACAGCAGGCCAACAAAAGGAUUAAGAUACAUGGAAAUUCAGAAAGCCUCCAGCCAGAAAAAGGAAGCAGAUACAGUAUAACAUUUACUGAAUAUGCAGGAAGCAAUAGAAGGGGCACAUGUUCCUCUGCCUUCUACAUCAUAUGCAGGAUGUGGCAGUCUGAUGCAUUGGUGAUUUUUAUUCUUUAUUCUGAAAUACUUAUGUACAUAGGUAAUGGCUCUUUGUAGUUAAUUUAUUUUCUAAUGAAAUGUAAUUCACCAGGAACACAUUUUUAUGAUUUCAAUGUGGAAAAACAAAAGUGUACAUAGGAGUUGUACUGUCACUUUGUCAUAUUUCUUGACAGAAGAGUGACAUCCAUUGCCUCUUGAUUGAAUAGUGUGUCGAAAGAUGUAGAUUGUUGAGAAGGUACAGCUCAUAUCUGCAUUCCCAUCUCAGGGUGCCUAUACCGAAUAUUUUGUCAUGCUACAGAGUUGUCUCUAAAACAUUUGCAGUUUAUAAGCUGUCAUAUAAGGGAGUCUGAAGACAUUUCAAAGGGAUAUUUCGUACAUUACUGUCAGUGUGUUUUUUAACUGUGGUAUAUUGUUAUUAGAGAUGAAUUCAAAAUGUGUUUUUAUAGCCUUUAUAUAAUCUGAAGCUAAAUAACCCCACACAAUUAACGUUAAUUACCAGGUUAUGCCUAACCUUUAUAUCCAUGUAAUUCUACUACAGUAAAGUGCAUCUAAAACAACCUCUUGCUUAAGCAUGUACAUGGCAUCACUACGAAUACAUGUGUUUUUCAGUGUGGAGUGAUGAAAUCAACUUGUAAUUGCAUAAAUCAAACAUCCAAGAACGGCAAAACAAGGUAUUCAUAAUAAUUGUAAUAUUUUUAAUUUUUAAUUUUAUUUAAAUUCAUUAUU